AUGCUGGAGAGUAGGGGUGGGUUGUGGAGGACGUUCCAGGGCAUGUGGGAGCGGGAAAGGGCAGGAGAGAUUGAGCAGGAUGGAAGGAGGAAAGUCGAGAUGCCAACGGCCGACGACGAGGACGACUACUGUGCACCUUGGACCAUCGAUGGACGACUGGAGUGCGCAUUGAACACGCCAAAAAUCAUAGCUGUACGACGAUUACCACCUCCACCGUUGCCUACCGCUCCCCGCCAAACAUCGGGCUCUACCACACCACCCUGCCCACCUACCAACUCCAAACUCAUGCAUCUCCCAUUCAUUGACUCAUCUACCGUUGCCCAACAUAUUUCUGAUCCACAUCCUCAUCGUCGUCGCACUCCUUGUGCUGCGAUUCUUAACCAACGAUCCUCUGGGUUUGGUCAUAAUAACCAUACUCCGAGUCUUCCUUAUCUGCGUAUACAUCCCAUCCCCAUUAUUUGCAGGACUAGUCCUGUUAUUCUGGGUCGGAUUUUUAUGCCAUUUCUAGAAACCACGAACCCUUUCAAACCACUCCUUCAACUCGCAGCCUUGUUAACAGUCUUACUGUUGACACUGACGAGUACCUCCAAGGAUAGCGAGAUCUUGCUGAUGAACGGGACCGAUUACGAGACCGACCUCAGCCUCAUCAUCGCCAUUCUUAUCGUUCUUACCAUCCUCGCAAUCUAUCAAACCGCAUGGUCAGUCGUGAUCAUUGGGCUACGAGAAGAUUAG